AUGGAGCAGGAACAGGGGAUACGCAUAGCAUCUUUCGCGUAUGCGUGCUCAUCGUGCUCAGGAACACUAGGCAAACGGCCAACGCAGCAAAUAGCACAGCACGUGUGUCCCCAUCAACACAGAGCAGUCAGUAGCCGUUCGAAGUCCUUCGCCUUCAAAUGCAGCGGUUGUGGUCUCAGCUUUUCGUCACGAAAGGGGCGGGAUAACCACGAAAGCGCACACCGACGCCAAGAAGCCCGUGAGCGCCUGACCACUAGUCGAAGAUCUUCGAACUGCGCCAUACAACCUCCCUGUGAGGAGAUCUCUGCCACAGAGACAUACAAGACCGCCAAUGACGCCAAGGUCCACUGCUCGGUGCCCCCUGGCCACAGCGAGCACGACAGCUAUCCCCACUCGGAACAAGGCUCCCCUAACCCACUACACACAUUCCCCGAUGCGCCAUCCGAGGAAGAAGCAGGUGACGCACUGAGCGAUCCAAUGACACGCAACUCGGAAAACAUGGCGGAACUACUCCCACCAAAUGCUGCAAGCCAGGACGAGGUCACCAUGCCACCCUCCCCGGGUGCACGGAUUCAGGACUCACCACCGCCAACACCAUCCCAUGCCUCUCAGCUAGGUAAAGGAGACGCAGACAGUGCCAGGCAAGAGAUAGAUGGUGCUGAAGAAACCACCGACCGUCAGUGCAACACUGCAGACAGCCGCUACCCCUUGGCUGAGCACCUCAAAAACAUUCAACACCUGUCCAGAAAACCGGAAAAUGAAGAAACCUGGAAGGAGUUCGACGAAAUUCUCACCCACGCUGAGGAAGCUGUUACACGUCAUGUGCGACUCCCCGAAGCCGCAGACCGCACACGUCCUCCAGUCAACCCGGAAAACCCGAAACAAAUCCAGGCCUUACACAGGAGAAACCGACGACAGGCCGUUCGCCUCAUCACGCAAGGGAAGCCCACACCCUGUGAUCUUCCGCAGGCGGAAGUGGCAGAGUACUCCCAAAAAAUAUGGAGCGAAAAGACUGCUGACAUAAGCCCGCUGCACGACAGGCGACGUGCACAGGAAGAAGUGUCGCUCCACAAGCUCACAGCCGAGGAGGUGUUGAAAACGCUUAGAAAGUGCGAGAACACCACCCCAGGGGACGACAGACUGACGUACAACCAUUGGAAGGCGGCGGACCCCGACUGUCGGGUAGUAGCAGCAGUCUUCAACACCUGCAUGAGAUUCCGUCGGGUGCCCCGACAAUGGAAGAGAUCCCGGGUCGUACUGAUACACAAGAAGGGAAGCCGUGAGGACAUUUCCAGCUGGCGUCCAAUAUCCCUGAUAAGAACAAUCGCCAAGUUGUACACCGGCUGUCUCGCAUCCCGAGUGCUCCAAUGGGUGAUGGACAAUGAGGUGAUAUCGAAAUGUCAAAAAGGCUUCAUGCCAUACGACGGUGUGCUAGAGCACAACUUUGUGGUCCAAGAGCGGCUAGAACGGGCGAGAACCACGAAGACGGACCUCUACGCGGGAUUCCUAGACUUUUCCAAUGCGUUCGGAUCAAUCCCCCACCACGUGCUGACAGAAGCCGCAGGCGCCGCCGGGGCUGGACAAGCAUUCUGCGACAUCAUCGGGGACCUGUACCGAGACAACGAGGCCACAGUCGUAUGCCACAAUGGAACCACGGACUACAUACCCGUCAAGGCUGGCAUUCGACAGGGCUGUCCCAUCAGUGGUCUCCUCUUCAAACUCGUUGUCGACGUGAUCGUCAGGAAGGUCCAGGGGAUGAACGAGGAGCACAACAUCCUCACCUAUGCUGAUGACCUGACGCCCCUCGCCGACACAGCCGAGGCAUUACAAGCACGCAUCGACACUGUAGAGUGCAUCGCAGGAAGCAUUGGACUAAAACUGAAUCCAUCAAAAUGCAGGACCCUGCACAUGUCAGAAAAACAUCCCGUCGGCCUAAGGCACUCACUCUUCACAGUGCGAGGGACCCCCAUCCCUCCCAUACAGGAUGGGGAAACCUUCAACUACCUGGGACGCCCUGUGGGUUUCAACGUGAUGCCGGAUGGAUCGACAAUAACCGAAGCGAUUGAACUCGGCCGAAAGCUCCUCGAAUCGCUCCUGGCACCAUGGCAACGCUUGGACGCCGUGAAGACGUUCCUCUACUCCGGCCUUAAUUUCGCAAUGCGGAUGAGGUGUAUCAACAAAACGGAAUGGAAACGCCUUGACGAUGCCAUGCGCCCACUGAUAAACAGGACACUCCAUGUUCCCGAGUCCGCCUCUACCGACUACAUCCACGGAAGCUCCCAAGGAGGCGCCUGUGGUAUCCCUGACGCGGCCGAGCUGAGCAACUUAUGUCGCAUCGACACGGCAUACAAACUUCUGACAUCCCCAGAUCCUGCAGUCGCGAACCUGGCAGCCUCCACUCUCUCCAAUGCGGCAUUAAGACGCGCUCAGACUGGCACCACAGCACCUGACGUCGCCGCCUACCCCUCCGGGGCCGGAGGCAUCUUCGACGGGCCUUCACGCGGUAUAAGAAACACCUGGACGGAAGCAAGGAAAGCGUCGAAGAGGGCAUCGGUCAUGUGGGAGUUCAGAAACGAAGGGCCCCACUUGACAAAAGGCGAAGUAACCAUCGGCCCAGCGCAGCGGAACGAGGUAAUAUCUACCCUGCGUCGCCAGCUCACAGCCACACGAGACAACCAGCUCCGGUCCCUUCCAAGCCAAGGCAAAGUGCUUGAAUGUGUCGCCCUCGACCGAUCAAGCUCUCAGUUCAUGAGGACAGGCAUGUUCACGCGCUUUGCUGACUGGCGCUUCAUCCACCUGGCCCGCCUCAACCUGCCUCCACUGAAUGGCGCACGACCCUGGGACAACGGAGAUUAG